CUAAUGGUUGGUUUCAUGGAGUUAAUCAAGCAUGAGGUGAUAAAGGAGUUUUCAGACCGCCAUUUCUGGGAUGCUGCUACAUCGGUCGGAGGUGGUCGUCGAGUCUCGCCGUGGCGAAGAGGUUUGAAGCUUAGUGGUGAAUCCACAGUUGAAAAAAUUACGUUAGAUGGUGUUUCGGGUUUGCGUGUCACAUUGAGUGCAACUGUCCACGAUGUACUAUAUUAUAUGAGCCCAAUCUACUGUCAGGAUAUUAUCAAUUCGGUCUCAAAUCAGUUAAACCGGUUAUAUUUGAAGUUUCUUAAGAGGAAUCCGGGUUAUGAUGGAAAGGUUUCCAUAUAUGGUCACUCUUUAGGAAGUGUCCUCUCUUAUGAUAUCCUUUGUCAUCAAGACAAUUUGUCCAGUCCAUUUCCAAUGGAUGCGACGUAUAUAAAACAAACUAGUAAAGAAGAAAACCAUCCUAGUGGAAGCAAUCAAUCCUCUACAUACAAUUCCUCCACCAAUCUGGAGAAUUCUAGUUUGAUCAAUGAUUCUCAGGACAUGGUGGUGCCCAACAAUGAAGACAAGAUGAUUUCACAACCUAGUGUAGUAGUUUGUGGGGAAGAACUUGCUGAACCUUCUGUUACAGCAGAUUUGGAAGAACCUUCUAUAAUGGCUAUGGAUUCUAACCAACCAAAUGAUAGCUCAUCAUUGAAUGAAAGUGUCCAUGAACAAGUUUGUGAUUCUAGUGACAUGUUUUCUCAAGAAAAGAUGGCAUGGAUGAAGAUAUCGACACAAACGAUAGGGGAGUUAUUUGAUGAUAAAAGCAAUAAAGAUGAAGAAUGCAAAUUGUUGAGAGAAGAGAUUGCUUCCCUGAAAGCAAGAAUAGCAGAAUUGGAAUGUCAGUGUGGUGGAAAUGAGGAAGGGCAUAAAGCUAUACCAAAGCAACCCUUUUAUGAAAGGGUUCCAACUGGGCAGGAUGUUGCACCUAGGAAUUAUACCCCUUAUAUUAAGUACACAAAGCUUGAAUUUAAGGUUGACACAUUCUUUGCAGUUGGAUCACCUCUUGGUGUCUUCCUUGCCCUCCGCAAUAUUCGUCUUGGCAUUGGCAAAGGUCAAGAUUAUUGGGGAGAGGAAAAUAUAAGUGAAGAGAUGCCAUCGUGUCGGCAAAUAUUUAAUAUUUUUCACCCAUUUGAUCCUGUGGCAUAUAGAAUAGAACCUCUUAUCUGUAAAGAAUAUAUUGGCACACGUCCAGUUAUUAUCCCUUACCACAAAGGUGGGAAGAGGUUGCAUAUUGGGCUUCAGGAUUUUGCAGAAGAUUUGGCUGCACGUUCUCAGGCAAUGAUGGACCACCUACAGUCUGUAAGGGUCAAAGUGCUCACAGUAUGCCAAUCGAAAAACAGGAAUGACCUGGAAGAUGAGGUGGAAAACUCCCAAGAAAAUGAUGAGAGAUCAUAUGGUUCAAUUAUGUUGGAAAGAUUAACUGGAAGUGAAGAUGGACGGGUUGAUCACAUGCUCCAAGACAAAACAUUUGAACAUGCAUAUAUAUCAGCCAUUGGAGCACAUACAAACUAUUGGAGGGACUAUGAUACUGCCCUUUUCAUACUGAAACACUUGUACCGAGAUAUACCUGAAGAACCCAGCUCAUCAGAGGAAGCCAAUGGAGGCAGCUCCAAAAAUGAGAAUGGCUCCACUGGCUGGACUGACCAACGAGAAGCUGCAGAUGAAGAACUUCCUUUGACAUUUGCUGAGAGAGUUGUAGUUAAAAACUUCUCAAGGAAAGCUAAGAAGAUCAUGCAGUCCUGAACAAUACUGAAUCUCCUCUUCCUACCUUGGUGGGAUUAAGCUGAAAGAGCAGCUGGUCACAACCAAGGCCGAGCCAUUAGCCAUUUCCUUGACCUUCAUACACAGCAAAAAUGGGAUGAUGUGAUGCUGGGAUGGGCAAUUGCAGUUUACCAGGAACCAAAAAAAUCUUUUGUAGAUGCCACUCAUUUCUUACACAGUUGCUUAUACAUAGAAAAUCUCUCUCCCUUUUCCUAUUUGUUUCCCUCUGUACAUUAUGUUGAACAUAGGACUAUCCCUGAAAAUAUUUUCUCACCCAAUUUUUAGGUAAUUUGUGCAUAUGUAAUUUAUUUCACCAGUGACUUAAGUGAAUUUUUCUUUAUUCAUUUAGUGUGUGGUAUACAAGUCUCUUUUGCAAGGGCACUUGAAGACAUGUUGGCAAGAGGUUUUGUGAUUGCUAUUUCAGAGUUUCUUCCAUGAAAGGUUGAUGAA